AUGGGCCCCUGUACCGCCUCCUCAUGCUGCUGCCAGGCCCGUAAUCUGCCAUGGGCCCCCGUACCGACUCCUCAUGCUGCUGCCAGGCCCGUAAUCUGUCAUGGGCCCCUGUACCGCCUCCUCAUGCUGCUGCCAGGUCCAGAGUGUGUCAUGGGUCCCUGUACGGCCUCCCAUUGCUGCUGUCUCCAUCGCCACACUCUGCCAUGUGCCACUUUCAGGUCUCCUCACACUGCUGGUGGGUUCCAUUUUGUCAUAGGGUGCUGUAUGGCCUCCCAUUGCUGCUGCCUCCACCGCCACACUGUGGCUCCACACUCUGGUUUUGGCCCCGUGACUGCCCAAAUGAGUGAAGUGUGCGGUGAUUCUAAGAUCGACGGCACUCAUCUGCAUGUCAUACUGACUGACAGUAUUAUUUCUCUUCCCCAGCAGACUCCAAGGGCAUUUAAAUUAAAGGUACAGUGUUCUGCACUAAUAUAA